AAGCACUAACAAAGAAGGGUAGCUUCACACAAGUGAAUUCUCGUCUGCUUCAUCGUUCCACAGAAUAGAUAAGAGUAAAGGGGGUUAGGGUUUCUGUUAUUCUUUCAAUUGAAGAAAAAGACAAAGUAGAAUACAAGAGCGAUUUGCAGCAGAGAAACCUCUGCAGUCUUUCCAGUAUGCAGCUGACCGUAGAAUUCGGUGGAGGAUUAGAGCUUCUUUGUAACUCUGUCAAGAUUCAUAAUGUCAAUGUAGAACUGCAAAAGGCAGCAGAAAAGUUAACCAUGAAAGAUUUACUGGCUUGGAUUCGUACUAAUUUGAUCAAGGAGAGGCCUGAAAUGUUUAUGAAAGGAGAUUCUGUGAGACCUGGUGUUCUAGCCCUUGUGAAUGAUUGUGAUUGGGAGCUGACUGGUCAACUUGAUACAACACUAGAGGAAAAGGAUGUGGUUGUUUUCAUUUCAACCUUGCACGGCGGAUAGUAUCUAUAUCGCUGUUGUAUCAAUAGUUUACGAAGGCAUACCUUACUAGCCAGCCAACCAUCUUCAAACCUAUCUGUCCCUGAAUGUAUUCAGCUUUGUGAUCCAUCCCCAGAUUGUGGUGAUAACAAAAUCUGAUCUUGAAGAAUGAUUAUUCCUGUUAAAUACUUUUACUAUAUUGAAUCCUGUCCUAUAGAUCAUGCAUUAAAACUAUGACAUUUCAAGAGAUUUUGAGAUUUUGGAAGCUGUAUGUUGAGUACGUUAAACGAGUUCAACAUGGAAGUAAAUUAUUCACAACGUA